AUGGGAAACAGCUCCAUCAUCCUUCUCUCCCUCAUGGAGCCAGACUCCAGACUCAUGUACUUCUUCCUGGACAAUCUGUGUGUGCUCGACCUUUGUGUCACCUUCACCAUUGUACCACAGCUGCUGGCCAACCUCUGGAGACCAGGGAAGACAAUUGCUUCCUGGGGCUGCAUCACGCAGGCCUACCUGUUCCACUGGACAGGUUGCACUGAAUGUGCCCUGCUGGCAGUGAUGGCUUUUGAUCGCCAUGUGACUAUCUGCCAGCACCUCGGGUACACACUCAUUAUGCGUCCCUGGGUGUGUGUGCAGCUGGCAGCUGCAGCCUCUUCCAGUGACCUGGCCAAUUCCCUGAUCCAAGCCAUGCUCACCUUCCAGCUUCAAUGCUGUGGUCACCACACCCUGGAUCACUUCUGUGAGGUGCCUGUUCUGAUCAAGCUGGCCUGUGGUGACACCACUGCUAAUGACCUGUCCCUGACUAUGGGUGCUAUCCCUUUUGCACUGGUGGCACCCCUGCUUGUGCUCAUCUCUUAUGCCUUCAUUGUGAGGGCUGUACUGAAGUUAUCUUCAGCCAAAGGAAGGCACAAGGCUCUCAGCACCUGCAGUUCCCACUUGGUGGUCGUCAUCAUGUACUUUGGAUCAGCAAUCUACAUGUACGUCCAGCACUCUGCCAAUAAUACUCAAGCCAAGUUCAUAUCUUUCUUCUACUCUGUUGUCACUCCGCUGCUCAAACCAUUCAUCUACACCCUGAGAAAUAAGAAAGUGAAGAGGGCAUGGAGUAGGAUCCUACUGUCCUAG